GUCACUGUGUCAGUCAGUCGAAUUGUGUGUGUUGCUACGGUCGGUCGUUAGUUCGGUUGGUUAUUGUUGUAAGUAAUCAAAUUGUUGUACCGUAUUUGGUAUUUGUCUUGAUUCUCAUCCAUAUCAACGUUUAAAUCAAAUAACAACCACAGGGUACUAUAACGAUAAUGGUGCAGAAAAAUGGACUCUACAGACAUGUUUGAGAAUCAGCCUCCUGUGGAGAUACAUGAACGACUACUUCACAGUGCUCGCAAUGGAGACCUGUCGGAACUACAGAGACUGCUGCAGGCUCGAUCAGAGGGCGAGAUCGAACUUGACGUCAGCUGCAAAGGUAAAAGUAAAAGCAAUUUGGGUUGGACUCCCCUUCACUUAGCGUCGUAUUUUGGCCACAAGGAAGUCGUGGAGCUGUUAUUGGACCAUGGAGCGGACAUCAACGCUGUCAACGAUACCGGUGACACACCACUGCACAAGGCUUCCUUCAUCGGCCGAGAGGACCUGGUGCUGAUGUUGUUGGAGAGGAAUGCUGAUGUCAAUAUCCACAAUGGAGAAGGACUAAUGGCAAGGGAGGUAUGUAAGGAUCAGGAGGCAGCCAAGCUGCUGUGGGCGGCCGAGCGAACUGAGGUCAAACGCAAGGAGGAUGCAUUACUGGCAGCAGCUCGAGAUGGCCACAUAGAGAUCCUCAGUCAGAUGUUGAAAGACGAGAGACCGCCCAAUAUUAACUGUGUAGAUGCCCAAGGAAACACGUGCCUUCAUUGUGCAGCUUAUAGGGGACACAAGGAAGCAGCAGUAUUAUUGUUGCAGAACGGCAUAGACACCACCAUCAAGAAUAUCAGAGGACAGACAGCCCUGGAUCUGGCGAAGGAUGCGCAGAUGCAACAAGUGUUGUGUGUGAAGCCAGUCCGUCAACUGCAGAAAACCGCAACCAGAUUCGAUGGACAACUGUUGAGACGUUCUCGGUUCUUGGGCUGGAAACCAUUGUGGGCUGUGCUGGAAAGGGGAGUAUUGACAUAUUACAACAGCCGAGCAGAUGCCUUAACCGGAGUAAAACGAAAAGACUUCAAGUACCUGGACGGAGCGCAAGGGGUUCCUUCAGACCUAGCGCUCUCCGCCUUCACCAUCCUCUUCUCAGACGGCACCAUCCACCGACUGAGCGUGCCCAUCACUGGGGAGGACAUCACGGGCGAAGUCGCAAGAAUGAAGUGGCUGUCAGCGCUCAAUGAACACGUGGCGUACAGCUCCCACUACCUGAACCAGGGUAAUUUGGUACUGGACAGUGACGAUGAAGAAGCAAACAUUAAACCUCUCGGUUCCAUGCAGGAUGCCCUGCAGACGGCUGCUGCAAGAUAUCAGCUAGUAGACGCCAGACUACAGGAGGCGUUGUCGAUGAUGGAGGGUCAGAAGUCUGAGAGCCAGGCAAUAGAUCUACACCAGGCUGUCAAGAAGCUGGAGAGUGUGACGGAGGUGGCGGCCAACAUGCUGACAUCGUUGAGCCACUGCCUGACCCUGAUCACACAGCAGGAAGAGCUACGGGUGCUGCAGCUACGCCAGGAGAGGGACAAGUGCCGUGUGCUAGAGGAGGCGCUGGGCAUGUUGGCGCGAGAGCACCACGAGCUGGAGCAGUCCAUUGCGUCGCACAUCUCGCCGUCCCCGCCAUCGCGCAGCCUCAGCUUUAAUAGUAUAAGAGUCCGAAGCCCUCGUUACUAUGAGACUUCAGAUGAUGAAUUUUAUGAUGCUUUUGAAGCAGACUCGGAUACAGAGACACUGGUCACGGCUGGCGGACCUGGCUCUGACAGUGAUACGCUGGUCAGCUUCCCUUCGCCCACAUCAUCUGUAGCCACGCUCAUCUCCGUCCACUCAUUCCGCUCGGCCCGCGAGUGCCACGCACAUAACGCCCAGCGCAUCGCCGCGAGACGAAGCCUGCCAAUGCCUAUGUUUAGUCGCAAUGAUUUCAGCCUGUGGUCUGUACUGAAGACAAGCAUCGGGAAGGAACUUAGCAACAUCGCAAUGCCUGUGGUCUUCAACGAGCCAUUGAGCUUCCUCCAGCGCAUGGUCGAGUACAUGGAGUAUGCGCACUUACUGCGAUACGCGGCUGAGCAGGGUGAUCCUCUUGCACGCAUGCAGUAUGUUGCUGCAUUUGCUGUGAGUGCUUUGGCAUCGAAUUGGGAACGACUGGGUAAGCCUUUCAACCCACUGCUCGGCGAAACGUUUGAGCUGGAGAGGCCAGAAUUCAGAGUGGUGUGUGAGCAGGUCAGCCAUCAUCCUCCUGUCUCAGCCUUCCAUGCCGAUAGUGAGCACUUUAUCUUCCAUGGCUCAAUUCAUCCUAAGCUCAAAUUUUGGGGGAAAAGUGUUGAGAUCCAACCCAAAGGUGUAGUCACAGUUGAAUUACCCAAAUGGGGCGAAGCCUACACAUGGACAAAUGUCAAUUGUUGUGUUCACAAUGUGAUUGUCGGCAAGCUGUGGAUAGAGCAAUACGGGACUAUGGAGAUUAUUAAUCAUAGUACAGGCCAUAGAGCAGUGUUGACAUUUAAGCCAGCUGGCUGGUUCUCAAAAGAUCUUCACCGUGUAGAAGGAUUCAUAAUGGAUAAACAGAAGAAGAAAUAUUACUUCAUCUACGGAAAGUGGACAGAGUUCAUCAAAGUCACUGAUUUUGCAUCAUAUGAAAUAUAUGCCAAAGAUAAUGCAGACAAGUUCAGGUCUGAUGGAAAAGCUCCCAACUUCUCAGACAGUCCUGCUCACACACCGAAAAAGGUCCUGGCCAAAUUGAACAGCUUCAAAAUGGGAUCUUUCAAAUCAAUGUCGAUGUCAGUGGCAGAGCCAGACGAGGGGUGUGAGGAUGGAGCAGAAGGGGGUGACAUACCCAAAUGUGACUCCACUUACUCGAUAGACAUUCCCAACUCCACUACCCUCUGGGAGUCCGAGCCACGGCCAGAGAACAGCUCAGAGUUCUACCAGUUCACAUUUUUCGCAAUGUCUUUAAAUGAAAUCGAGCCUGGAAUGGAAAGGAGACUAUGUCCAACAGAUUGCAGACUGCGACCUGAUAUUAGAAAGCUAGAGCAAGGGGAUCUAGAUGGAGCAGCAUCAGAGAAAACGAGAUUAGAAGAGAAACAAAGAGAAGCAAGGAAGGCCAGAAAAAACAAAAAAGGGCAGGAAUGGGUACCAAGGUGGUUCUGUCAGGGUGCCAACCCGUACACUGGUCAAGACGAUUGGCUUUACGCAGGCGGCUAUUGGGAUAGAAACUUCUCUAACUCACCGAGCAUAUUUUAACUCAGGCUUGACUUUCUAAAUAAUGCAAACAGUACAGCCAGAUAAUGUCUGUGUACGAGACGUAGCGUUUGACAACGGUCAGAUAAUGAGACAAUUCAAAUAGGAAUUGAAAAGUCUGCCAAUCUUCAAUUAUGGUUUAUAGUUGUACUUAAUUUGUUAAAGUCGUUAAUAGUUACCAUAUCAUGUUUAUUUGUAAGAGAAAAGAAGAGGCCAGCUUGUCUAACAUUGUAAGUAGCCUAAACAAUAAACAUUCGACAAUUACAAUUUAAUAAAUAAAACAUUUUCUUUUCAAUAGAUAAUAAAUAAAUUAUUCACAAAGAAACUAUAUAACUUUAUAUAAAGAAACUUCCUUAUUUGUGUUAAUUUAGCAUUUAAACAUAUCUUGACAAUGAGGUAAUGAACAACUUUGAACACUCUAUAAACGAUGUCUUUCUUUAAUAUUUUGUCAAUUAAAUUGGAAAUUAGAUUUGAGUAAUCAGUAAUUAAAUACAGUUGUAUAUGUUUAUCUAAUUGAUGUCUGAAUUCUAUAGCUAACUUCUGUUUUGAUUUACAUAUCAGAUCUGCAAUUGUUAUUUUUUUAAACCGCCAAAAAAUAGAUUUUCCUGAGUUAAAUCAUUUUGGGAGAAUUUAACGUUGUUGAGCUUCAAAGUUUACGUAACAAUAAUUUUAUAAGGGUAAAGAAUGUAAAAAUUAAAUUAUUUUUGCUGUAGGUGUUUAUGUGACAAUACAAUUAAUUUAGCCAUGUAGUAUUUUGUAAUGUUUAAUAUGACAUUGUUCUGUGCAGUUGUAUUCUAAUUAAUGUGUUUAGUACAAUGUUGUUAGACCAAUUAUGUGGUAGGUGUAGAAACGUGUAGUUAGACAAAAAUAACAUUGUUAUUUUAUUACUUGAAACACAUUUACCCUUGCUAUAAACUUCAAUAACUGUUACUUUUAUUGACUUUUAUAUAAUUUUAUGAUAUGACAACGUAAGUUAUUGUUCAUUCUAUGUAAAAUUGUCAGAUAAAAAAAACUUAUUUUAAUUGGAACAAUGAUUUAUGAUUCUUCAAUUAACAGCUCUUCUAGUAUCAUUGACUACAAAAAGACGAUAAUUAAUAAUAAUAAAGAAAUAAAUGCAUUGUUUUAAAUAACGUACUUAAACUGUUUUGAAACUUUAAACUCAAUAAUAAAUCAUUCAAAUAACCCAAAAGUAUGAGGCACUAUGAUUCUAUAUUUAUAACCAGCAAACAGUUCCAAAAUUUACUAUUUCUUUAUUUAUUAAAGAACAACUACAACUUUAUUAUAUAUUCUCAUUAUCGUUAAACAAAACCCAAUGUAUGGAACGUCUCUUUCCUUAUAUAAUUAUCACCAUAUAUUUUUCUUAAAUUUCCAAGUUUGUAUUAAUGCAACUUAAUAUUGUUCAAAGCCAAGCAAUUGCUUAACUGAUAGAAAUAUUCCUAAAAAAUAAAGUCUCCAGUAUCAAAAGACAUUGAGUGUGUAGUCCUUAACCAAUUGUGAAAGCUAUUAAAUCUAUCUCUUUUAAUCUUUAAACUAUUGAUUUGUAAUUACAAAUAAUUAUUUAAAAUAAGUUACGAUAGUUACCAUUUUAGUAUAUAUUUGUUUAACUGUAGAAACUAUCGCAAAUAGUCAGUUCUACGUUUGUUGUAUUACGUCAAAAUAGACGGACUGUAAUAGUUUAUUUACUUCCUGUAUGAGUUAAAUACACACAGUGUUGUAUAAAGUAGACAUAAUAUGUAUAUUGCUGAUAGUGUACAUGUUCUGUAAAUAUAAUACAAGAUACACAGAUCAAGGAUUGGUUGAACCGCAGAUAUUGUCAUUGAGUUGUUAACCGAGUACACGUUCCAUUGUAGCAUAUAGGAACUAUCCAAUACCUCGUAUACUUGUUUCACCUCCAGUCGCAAUCACGUAAGUGAAAUAAUAAUGUAUAAGUCAUUUAAAUAAGUAAAAAUGCUGAGUGACAUUAAUUUCAGUAGGUUUUACAAUUCGGAACUCAAUUAUAUUAGAUAAACUACACUGGAUGAAAGUGAUUAGCUAUUACACAAAGAAAUCGUAGUGAAACUUAAGAAACAGUUCAAAUUAUAUCUUUCAUGUAGCUCUAUCUAUGAAAGCUUCGAGCACUUUUUCACAGUGUGGUAAAGAAUUUACUGAACUGAGCGUUAUGCAGAGUUAUUGAAUUCAAUGCGGCAUCGUAAAACUAGAUAUUGGCUUUAUUUUAAAUCACUAUAUCACUGGAUUAGUAUAAAAUGGUAAUACAAUAAUAAAUGUAAUAUAAUUACAAAUAUGCACAGUUUUAAAAUUGUGAUAAAAUAUUUACCAGUACACAAAGUUCGGGAUGAAUAGCUUUGACAGGCAUCUGGCAGAAUGACGACCUCCUUUCUUUUGUGGAUUAUUAUUUAUUUUUAUUAAUGUUAUGCAGAUCACUAUUAGGUAAACACUGUGUGAAAAUAGCCAUAUUAGUUCCAAGAAACUAAAUGUUUUAUUUAUAAAAAAAUCAUAUAUCACACACAAACAUUAAAAAAUCAAUAUUUUGUGAAGUUUUUUUUAGAGAAUUUAUAAAAAUAAUUAUGAGGGAACUGAGUGUAAGGCACCAAGUUUAAAAUUAAAAAUGCUUAUUUGAUUGCCACGCUGCAACCAGGGGUGGUGUUCAUUAGGAAAACUAGGCAACCACCUAGGGCGGCUUUUCAUAAAUUACUUUACUUUCACAGAGCAAAAACAAUAAGCAAACAAUAAAAUAAACAUAUCAAAACAAACAGAAAAAGCGUGGCACAAAGAACUAAUCUAUGAUUAAGAAAUCUUAAUUUUUAGACUUAUGCAGCUGUGUCAUGAUUAUGAUCUAAGUUUUCUGGUUCACAUUGCGUUUAAAGCUAACAUAAUUAAAAUCUUAAGAUAUUUUAACCUCACUAUGGAGAUCCAUACUAUUGAAUGCAGAAUAUGUUCAACCAAAACCAUAUAAUGGAAUACUUGAGUGUUAUAAGCAGUUUCCUAAAUUCCAUAGUAUCAAACUGUCAGACGAACAAAAUAUUUUACUAAAUUUGAACAGGUGGUUAAUCAAAACUGAUUGGCUGAUCCUCCAAAUCAGAUUUUUUUUUAUCAUAUGACCUAAUUUUGAUCAAGCCUGAUUUAAUACUUUCGUAUGGGUUUGAUAGGUUCUCAUAGCGUAAACACAAUAGUUUUAUUUGGAACAAACAAAGCAAGGUUGAUAAGAUUUUAAUAUUCUUCUUCUGAAUUCAUACAUCUAAACAAUUUAUUGGUAAAACCAUUGCACUUUUCUUGGAAAGCUCAGGUUUGUUUGUGUGUGAUCAUUAACAGUUAGAAAUUAUCAAAAUAAUGGUAGAAUGCUCAUUUAUGAGUCACCACAUAAGGUUAGAAAAAUGGCCAACUUCAGCUUUUGACGAAGGAAAAAUUUCUUUCCAAAGGUAAUAUUAAAUAACAGUUUAGAUUACAUAGGUAAAUAAAAUCUGUACUCAAAAAUAAAAAAAACCUUUUAGAAAUACUUCAGAGUGUGUCAGUUUAAUAUUUUUACAUCCACCUAAAAUUAAACCGUUCAUGACUGAAAAUGUAAAAAGUAAAGGUACACUCUGACUCAAAAAUUAGAUUUAAAUUAAAAUACACCAGAACUUUUAUUCACUCCAAAAGCAAUAAAAAUUAAUCAAAUUCCACAUUUACAUUCAAUUGGUUUUCCUUAGUAUUGACUCACCUAAUGCUGAUAAAUUAUAAGUAGUGCUUAAUUUAUUGUAUAUUGCCAAACAUAGGAAUCGUGUACAAUACUGUAGCUAGUUUGAUAUUGUGAAGACGUCAGCAAUCAUUGUAUAAUACAAAUCCAGUGACACGUAGCACAGCUGUUGAAGCUUUCAUAUUGUAACAGUCUGAUACUUUCUGCAUUAAACUUAUUAUUUGAUGCGUU